AUGUCGACCAGGCUCAGCGCAAGCGGCUCUGUGGGCAUGCCGCGAAUCCAAGAUGUCCUGCGCACGCCCGAAGAUCUCGAAAAGAUCACGAGCCUAAAGGCAGAAAUCAAUCGCAAAAAGGGGGAUGUGGACACCAGAUUGAGAGAAGGGUUGCAAGAGCAUCUGGACACUACACAAAAUGGCAUGUCAACUCUGUCCGAAGGGCAGAAACUCGUUGGACAAAUAAAGGAGGAAAUGAAGAGCAUCUAUGACCUCUGCGAGCAGGCACAGGCCAUCCGCAAAAACUUCCCGCAAUUAGACUAUCUCGCAAGAGUCCAUCGCAAUUUCGAAGCCACUCGGGCAAUGCAGGCAGGCUUGGAUGGCUUCGAACGAGAUUGCUCCUAUGUCCAAAGACUCCUGGAGGAGGACGAGAACGACCUGUACAAACAGCCCAAUCUCCUAGAGGUCUACAUGCGCUUGACGCGACUGCGCGACUUUCGAGACGAGGCGUUGGAUCAGAUUCGGCGAGCGAGAGACUCGAGUUUGGAACAGACACUGCUCGACUGGUUUCAGCAGCUGGACAACAUCAUUGAACUUUUCGAUGAGCAUAUUGGUUUCAUUUGCAUGAACCUCAUCGACCUCGUUCAACGAGCUGAUGACACCAGCAUCAUCGUGAGGUUAGCCAUUGUGCUUGCUUCCGAGGAGAAGAACGAUGAUCGUGUUCGGGCGCUGCAGGAUGCCCAGAAGGAUCACCAAGAUCUUGUUAGCAAGUUCACGUCUUUCAAUAUCGGACCAAAGGCGACGCGUGGUUACAAGGAGAAGUUCCUCCAGGCCAUCGAAAAUGUCGCAGAAGGCAAAUUUCAACAGACCCGAGGCGAGUUUCAAGAGGAUCCCUCCAAACUUAAGAGUCAGACCAGAUGGUUCUUUGAAGACAUCAACGCUGUCAAGCAAGGGAUGCAGAAUCUCUUCCCCAGAAAGUGGAAGAUCUUUAACACAUAUGUGGAUAUCUACCACAAGCAGAUGCACGACUUCCUCAUGUCUUUUGUGGACGCCGAAGAUCUCCGUCCUCCUCAGAUGUUGGGAAUUGUCCACUUCAUCGAUGACUAUUACAAGAGAAUGAACAAGCUGGGCCUUUCGCCGGCUCAAUUGAAACCACAUGUUCUUGAUUCUCGUGAAGGCGACCUUAUCCGCGACUACAGAAAUAUCAUCACUAAAGCUCUUAACUCUUGGAUCGACAGAAUGUAUGUGACCGACAGAAAGAACUUCAUGUCCAGGGCCCCAGACGCCAUAGAGCAGGAUCCAGAUGGGCAUUUCAGAACCAAAACACUUGGAGACAUGUGGCGUAUGCUGCAUGAGCAAGCCGUUGCCGCGGGCGACUCUGAGCGAGAAGACGUCGUCGAAGGCGUUAUGAGCGCCAUGUUCGCCGCUCUGAAAUCUCGGCAGCAGCAAUGGGAGAGGCUGGUCGACGAAGAGGUGGAGCGAUACAAGAACCCAACGACGGAGCAGCUUGAAACCCUGCAGCAACUCCAAGACUGGCUACUCGCUAUUGCGAAUGAUCAGAUUGCCUGCGUCGAUGACGCUGCUGGAGAUGUAUUGGAUGAUCCCACAGCGCAAAAGGGAUACCUGACGCGAUUCCGAGAAGAUUUCGUCAAAUUACCCACUCCACCCUCCGCGAAAUUCAUGUCUACUAAUGGGAUUACGGAACUGGAUGCCCUUCGAGAUGGCUAUGUAGAUUUGGCCACCCACUGCAUCAAUCGAUUCGUCCAACUGAUAUUCAGGGUCGACUUCCGCACCAUCUUGACGGAGUUGUUCAUCCCGGGGAAGUGGUAUGAACAGUCCGCGAUGCAGAGGAUUACUACCACAUACGACGACUAUAUCGGAGACUACAGCGCCGUCCUGCAUCCCUCUUUAAUUGAUAUCCUGAUUGAAGAGCUGUCAGAUGCCCUGCUAGUGAGCUAUCUCACUUCCAUCCGCACCAACCGCGGCGUGAAGUUCAGGCGAGGCGAACCCUUCCCAGCACGAUUCAGGGACGAUGUCCUUGCGGCAUUUGGCUUCUUCGAAAAAUAUCCCGAGACGUUCAACGAAACAAUCAAACCGAAGUGGAAAGCUGUGAAUUAUACUGUACAGCUACUAGAAACGGACAAGAACGAUGUUGUACGUGUUUAUGAGCAAUUCAAGCGCGAAUUCUGGGACCUGCAAUUGAGUUGGGUCGAAGGGGUCCUGAAGACUCGCGACGAUUGGGAUCGUGGCAUGAUCACAGCAGUGAAGCGCGCAGCAGCAAGCACAUAUGCAGAACGUGGUAUGGACACGGUCAUGGGCAAGGUUAAGUAA